AUGCAACCCCCGCCGCUGUUUCCCCCCACCACCUUGAUCGUCGGUGACAGCAUCGUACGAGGUAUUCGUUUUUUUAAUGCCAUCACUCGCUCUUUCCCCGGUGCAACUGUCGCCGACAUCACAGCAAAACUCCCCGGUCUUCUCCAGUCACUUCCUGCCUCUAUCCACCGCAUCAUUGUUCACGUUGGCACCAACGACACGGCUCACCAACAGUCUGAACUGACAAAAAACGACUUCAGAACACUUCUCGAUAUCCUUCAGUGCAGCGGCAAGUCUGUUUUUAUAAGUGGUCACCCUGCAGCACCCUCUCCACCCACUUCAUUGACAAUUUUAAUCUGUUCUGGAACCGACCCCCAUUUUUCUCUAAUGACGGACUUCACCCAAACAAACUGGGCCAUUACACACUUGCCACUAACAUCCAACACCCCCUCCUGGUCCAAAUAGCUACUGCACCCUCCAACAACAGAGUCUCCUUGCCAAUCUGCCAUCUCACCAGGAUCUCGCCACAGCUUCUUCAUUCAAACAAUUACAACUACUGGACCCUCCCGCUCAAAUCCCAUGCAUCUAAACAGAAGGACAAGAAAUCAAAUAAACCUCCGCUGCCUUCCCCCUGCCUCUCUGCCCACCCCACAGCCCACUCGACCUCUUUCCACUCAACCAAGCCACCCCCAACCCCCCCCCCCCCCCCCCGUUACUCCUACCUGCACCAACCCCGCCUCACUGGACGAGGCGGCAGCGUCGCAGUCAUCCACAAACCAACCCUCAAGACCACCCCCGUCCCCACCCUGUCUGUUCACUCAUUUGAAAAUAUUUCCGUCAAAAUCCCCGGCCCCACCACUCUGGUCAUUGUCACCAUCUACCGCCCUCCAAAGCCCCACCCAUCAUUCCUCUCUGAUUUCUCUGACUUUUUCACCCACCUAAGCACCAUCUCAUCCUCUGUCCUGCUGCUUGGAGACUUCAACUUCCACAUCGACAACCCCACCUGCAAACAAGCCACUGAUUCCUGGAUCUGCUUGACACCCUCAACCUCACCCAGCACGUACACCCCCCCACCCACUCCCACGGCCACACCCUUGACCUCGUCUGUUCCACCGGCAUCUCCAUCCACCAUCUCUCAACCAUCAACCUCUAUAUAUCUGCCCACCUGGCUGUCACUUUCAACGUCCCCCCCCCCCCCCACUUCACAGUGA